AUGGCUGAUGAAAAUCAAUCAUUGGUGAUGGAGUUUACCCUCGCGGGUUUAACCGACAGGCCAGAACUCCAGUUACCUCUCUUCUUCCUAUUCCUAGGGAUCUAUCUAGUUACCCUGGUGGCCAAUCUGGGCUUGAUCACAUUAAUUUCACUAAAUUCACACCUUCACACACCUAUGUAUUAUUUCCUCUUUAAUCUAUCUUUCAUAGAUAUCUGUUACUCUUCUGUCUUCACACCCAAAAUGUUAAUGAACUUUGUAUUGGAGAAAAACACCAUCUCCUAUACAGGGUGCCUGACUCAGCUCUAUUUUUUCUGUUUCUUUGUCAUUGCUGAAUGUUAUAUUUUGACAGCAAUGGCAUAUGAUCGCUAUGUUGCCAUUUGCAAGCCAUUGCUAUAUAAUGUUAUAUUGUCUCCUCGGAUCUCUUCUCUGUUUGUGUUUGGGGCAUAUGCGAUGGGAUGUUGGGGUUCUCUAGCCCACACUCUGUGUAUGGCAAGACUGGCUUUCUGUGAUGCCAACACAAUCAACCAUUACCUGUGUGACAUCCUCCCUGUGCUCCAACUCUCCUGCACCAGCACUUACACCAACGAAGUUGUGGUCUUUGUUCUUGUUGGCAUGAACAUUUUGGUGUCCACUAGCACCACUUUCAUUUCUUACGCUUUCAUAAUCUCCAGCAUCCUCCACAUCAGCUCCACUCUAGGCAGGUCUAAAGCCUUCAGCACCUGCAGUUCCCACAUAAUUACUGUUUCUCUCUUCUUCGGGGCGGCUGCAUUCAUGUACCUCCAACCUUCUGACACAGAGUCUAUGGACCGAGGAAAAGUGACCUCAGUUUUUUAUACAAAUGUAGGGCCCAUGCUGAACCCUUUGAUCUAUGGUUUGAGGAAUAAAGAUGUCAAACUUGCUCUAAAGAAAACUCUGAAAAGGAAAGUGUUUUCUUAAGCUUCAGCAGAGGAACUUUUAGGACAAGAUCAUCCUGCUGAUUGUGUUGGGAUUGCCUCAUGACUGUAUCCUCACUGUAAUCAAAUGGGACACAUUUUCCCCCUUGA